AUGGACGACGGUCCUCCUCCCCCGCCGCCUCCCCAUGGUGCAAACCCAAAGACGACGGGAGGUAGCCAUGCACCCCCUCCAGAGCCCCCACCGAGCGGCGGUCUGCCCCCGGGCAACUACGACAUCUUCGUUAUACCGCCACAUUCGUCGGGCGGCGGCUUCAUAUACCUGCCCAGCUUGGGUGUGCAGCAAAACAGCUUCAUUGCAGGAGUGCUGAGCACCAUAGUGAGUCUCGUGCUCUGGCAGGCUGUGGAGCCUCAUGCCAAGCAAUACUUUUUGAUUGUGAGGCAGGGCGUGUCAACGGGUGGCAAUGGUGUCAUAGCGCUGGCGAUGAUGAUGCUGGUUGCUGGCUGGGUUGUCGGUCAGACACAAGCUGGCGGCCGAUUUAGUCGGAGUGGUAGAUAUGGGCCAGGGCCAAAUAGUGGAGCGGGCGGAGCUGGUGCUGGGGCGGGUGAUGGUACACAAGGCGGCGGCCCGAGCUACCAACGUGCACCUCCACCACCGCCUCCCAAUGGCGGCUUCCCCGGCGGCGCUCAAAAUCACGGAGGCUGGGGCGGAUAUCGACAAUACGGCGCCUCAUCACCGCCUCCUCAAGACGACGUGCCUCCUUUCGACGAAGAGGCUGAACGAGCCGAGGAGGAGCGGAAACAAGCAGAGGAAAAGGAGAGACUGCGGAAACAGGAAGAGGAGCGCAGACGAGCCGAGGAAGCCAAGAAAAAGCAAGAAGAGGAAGAAGCUGAACGCAAGCGCGCCGAGGAGGCAGAGAAGAAGCGGAAGCACGAGGAAGAGCUCAAGAGGGCGGAGGAGGCAAAGAGGAAGGAGGACGAGGAGCGUAAGCGCGCCGAACAAGAGCGUAGGCGUGCUGAAGAAGAACGCAGACGUAUCGAAGAGGAGCGCAGACUGGCCGAGGAGGCAAAGAGGCGAGUCGAGGAGAAGAGGCUGGCCGAGGAAGCCAGACAACAACGUGAGGCCGAGGAGAAGAGGAGAGCCAAGGCAGCUAGGAAGAAGCGCGAGGCCGAGGAGCAAAGGCUAGCUGAAGAAGCCAGGAAGAAGCGCGAGGCCGAGGAGCAAAGACUAGCUGAAGAAGCUAGGAAAAAGCGUGAGGCCGAAGAGCAACGACUAGCUGAGGAAGCUAGAAGGAAGCGCGAGGCCGAAGAGCAGAGACUGGCUGAAGAACGGAGAUUGGCUGAAGAGGCCCGCAAGAAGCGCGAAGCUGAAGAGCAGAGACUAGCUGAAGAGGCUCGUAAGAAGCGCGAAGCUGAAGAGCAGAGACUAGCUGAAGAGGCUCGUAAGAAGCGCGAAGCCGAAGAACAGAGACUCGCCGAGGAGGCACGAAAGGCGCGUGAGGCUGAAGAGCGGAGACUCGCCGAAGAAGAGAAGAAGCGACAAGAGGAAGCCGAGCGACUACGCAUAGAGGAAGAGCAACGGCAGGCUGAGGAGCAACGGCGACUGGCUGAGGAAGCCCGACUUCAGGCUGAAGCAGCGAAGAAGAAGAAAGAAGAAGAGGAACGGAGACGGGCUUGGGAGGAGCUCAAGCGGGCGGAAGAGGCACGGCAGAAGAAGCUGGCAGAGGAAAAGGCAAAGGAAGAGGCAGCCAAGCUCGCAAAGGCCAAAGCCGAAAAGGAGAAGUGGGAGCAAGCGCGUAAACGUGAGCGAGAGCAGCGUGAACGUGAGGCACGAGAACGGCUGGCCAAGGAAAAGGCCCGCAAACAGCAAGAAGCCCUCGAGAAGGAAAAGGCAGAGCGAGAGGCACGUGAAGCUGAAGCACGGGCACAGAUUGAAAAGGAGAUUCGUGAGAAGCUCGAGGCCGAACUCCGAGCCAAAGCUGCUGAGGAGGCUGCAAAGAGGGCUGUCGAGGAGAAGCUUGCCGCUGAGGCUGCUGCUGCCAAAGCAAAGGCUGAAGCUGAAACUGCCAAAGCAAGGGCUGAGGCUGAAGCUGCUGCUGCCAAAGCGAGGGCCGAAGCCGAAGCAGCCGCUGCAAAGGCAAAAGCAGAUGCUGAUCGAGCCGAGCGACUCAAGGCUGCUCGUGAACGGGCCCAGAAAGAGCGAGAGGCGCGUCUUAAGGCGGAAGCCGAGAAGAUCAAGGCUGAACAGGCUGCUCGUCUCAAGGCGGAGGCCGAGAAAGUCAAAGCAGAGGCUGAGAGGAUCAAGGCCGAACAAGCUGCUCGUCUCAAGGCGGAGGCGGAGAGAAUCAAGGCUGAACAGGCGGCUCGUCUCAAGGCGGAUGCUGAGAGAAUCAAGGCUGAACAGGCGGCUCGUCUCAAGGCGGAUGCUGAGAGGAUCAAGGCUGAACAAGCGGCUGCUGCUGCUGCUCCAGAGAUUACAAACACCCGUCGGUCGACAACAUACGGAGGCAUUGGCGGGGGCGAGCGACUCGAUCCUUAUGCCGGUGUGCGGAAUGCGACCCCAGCUUCCGUAACCUCUACACAUUCUUCUCCCACCAAAUCCACCGCCAACUCAAAGGCUUCAUACGAGAGGCCGUCAGCGAAGUCGUAUCUCGGCAGCGAAGACAAUCAAUCAUUUACCCCUCGAACUUCCACGGCACCACCCCGCUCAUCCGCCACACGUUCACACGUUUCUUCCGCGUACUCUGAAUCGUCGUACGCACCCUCGGUGUCAACUACACGCACAACACCUCCAGCUUCACGCAGCGGGCCUUACUCCACAACCGACCCCAACAAGAUUGUCAUCAAGGCCGUAUAUCUCUUCAACGACCUUUUCCCAAAGCCCGUUGCACAGCUCGUAUCGAAUAUUGGCAAGGUAACGGACGGCUUGAUCCUGAAGAUCCAGUCCGAGGGUCUCUUCAUUGACGACGAUGUACGGGGCAUUCCGCAACGCGAGUGGGAUGUCAAGGCUUGGACACUAAAGAUGAUCGAGACUGGAAAACUGCCAACCAAGAACCUCCACAUUCUCCGCGCCUCGAUCCGCGAUGCUGACGGCAAGAAAUACGUCUUCCUGAUUGAUGAGUCGGAAAGCUGGAAACUGGCUCUUGGACUACAGCGGCUCCGCAAGGGAAGUCAAGUGCGUAGUAUGCAGAGCCUUCAAAUGGCGCCAAACGAAAUGGCUCGUGUCCUCAAUGCUGUACCGCCAGUGUAG